AUGUGUUCAGUGACAAUAAAGGAUAAACCAACGAGCCUGCUACAUGUUUUGAUGAAUCACAUAAUCGGUGUGGUUGAUUUUAAUCCUCCACACGAAUUAACAAAAUACAAGAUAUACAAAUAUUCCUUCGGACUUUUUUUGGAGCACCUCCAAAUGACGGUCGACGAUCGUGGAAGUUUUACCACAGAACACAUGAUAUUUCAGCACUCGGGUGAGUUUACAAUGUCUUUAUUGGGUUCUGGUAUUUUUGACGGUCGAUUAAAAACAUUGUCCGUGCAUAUUACGUGUGAUACAGACACAACGGAAUUGAGCGGUUAUAUAAACAGAAAUAUAAAUAUUUUACAAAAAGUGCUUAUACGUCAAAAAACAGCAAGCAGUCGUAUUAUGUUGAGACUGAUGCGUGAGUGUAAUUGUAAUUUUAAAUAUCGUUUCAUAAAAAAAUCAAUGACCUUAAUGUUAAACGUAAACGAAAAAAAAUACCCACAUAUCAUCACAUGUAAUGAUCAUGAAAAUUGUAUAAAUGUAUGGAAAGAUAUUUUUGAUUUAGUAGGUGUGGUAUCUCAAAAGAAUUCACCUGAUGUUUAUUAUCGUUCAGAUGACGACUCGGAAAUAAUAACAAUCACAUCGUUGAAAAAGAUACGACCCGUCGAUAGGGUACCUUUAAAGUCGAUUAUCAAAGAUACACAGACGUCAUCACACAACGUCAACUUCAAACAACUCGAUUUGAAUCUACGCGCAUUGCCCAAAGAAUUACAAGAACGUAUAGUGUCGUUUUUACCGUUCAAUGUUCGUUUUAAAAUUGCAAAAUAUUUGAAAAUGACAGAAGUCAAUAAAGUACUGCACAAUGAUGUAACGUGCACAUUGUCCAGAUGGUACAACGUAUUGGAUUUUUUCCAACACGGUACUAAAUAUGGAAAACAAAACACGGUGGCUUGUAAUAUUGAUGGUGAACUCAUACAACACUUGCCAAAUACAUGGUUGCAUAUAUUUUACGAUUGUGACAUCGUGCAUAUACAACACAACUGGCACUUACCUGAUGAAUGGUUUACACAGGAGUGUGCCAAAGAUAGAAAUAUGAAAUUACGACACCUAUCAACCAGUUAUGAUGUAGCUACGGGGAGUUUGUUCGAUUCUAAAAUAUUAGACGGUCACUUGGAAACAUUAGUACUGAGGUUGGACUCUGGAUACGACACUAGUCCAUUAAUUCGAUUUUUAAAUCGAAAAAAUUCUAUAAAGAGAUCGAUACUGUUAAUAGACAAUCACCUAUGCAAUGUUAUAUAUACGAUUUUAAAAAAGUCUAACCUCAAAUUCGAUUAUCAAAUGUCGCUGCAGAAAACACCCGCAGUGUUGCGGUUUAAUGCCAAUAGAGUAAAUAAAUACGAUAAAAAUAUUUUGGGUGAAAUAUUAAACAUCAAGUUGGACGGAGUAUGGUGCAACUGUAUAUUUUCAGUGAUCGAUAUGGAUUAA